AUUCAAUUUGGGACAGCUCACUGAUGCCAGACUAUUAGUAUCGAGGCCAUCAUCGAAACGAGGCCCCGUUCUGAUGGUGGUCGACCCGUCCAGUCUGACCCGCAACGCAGGGCGUCGGUUGUGAUUAACCUGAGGUUCAGACGAUGGCGUUUGCUUGCUGAGGUGCAAACCAUCGGUCAAACCUUUUGUGUCUGUUCCAUUCCGUCUACUCGAUUCGCAAGAUCACAAGCGGUAGCUAUGUACCUAUCCAUCCGUGGGUCCUCCAACAAGGCAUCUUUGGUCAUGUACCCUUCCCGUGCCUGCACCAGAGUAAAAACCUAUAGGCUGUCACCUAUUGGCUGAUAUGGCUGCCACUCCUGGGUAUAACAUCUUCUCUUGGGUCUACCAAAAAGAUUUAAGGUACCUUUUGCCUCUUUACUACAUCGCGGCUCCCACCGGCUACGUUAAUGCUAAGCAAGUCGACCUAUCUGAGCACACAGGAAGAAAAGCCGCUUGCCACGAAAUAAAAUACUCAUUCAAACCUCGUCAACCUUUUCCUCCCACCUCCUGCAACACUAUCCUCUACUGAGCAGCACGAACACGACGAUGAAGCUCACCAACACUAUUGCGCUUGCUCUAAGCACAGCAUCGACAGUAUGCGGAGCACCACAACGAUUCCACAGGCCAGGCCCAG